ACCUUACUAUACGUACCCGGCAAAACGUCGAAAUUUUGCAUUUUAUUUUGUUGUGAUUUGUUUUUGAAUUGUUGUGAAAUUUUGCGCCUCUAUAAAAAUGUCCACUAUUGAAAAAUUAUCCAUACAAGGUAUACGUAGUUUUGGUUCCAAUUCGGAGGAUGUUCAGACUAUAACAUUUUCUUCGCCGGUUACACUGAUACUCGGUGAAAAUGGUUGCGGCAAGACCACAAUAAUAGAGUGCCUUAAAUAUGGGCUCACUGGUGAAGUGCCGCCUGGUGGUGACCACGGUCGCAGUUUUGUACAUGAUCCAAAAAUAUUCAAUCAAGCUGGAACUUUGGGCCAAAUCAAAUUGGAAGUUAGUAAUUUGCAAGGAAAACGCAUAUCCGUUUGUCGCUCUAUGAAAAUAUCCAACAAACGUGGUAAAUAUUCAUUUGAAACGCUAGAUGCGACUAUGAACUAUAUAGAUGGUAAAGCCGGUGGAAGCGCUACACAUUCUAUUAGUAAGCGUUGUGUUGAUGUCGAUGUGGCUAUGUGUCAGUUUAUGGGUGUGUCUAAAGCUAUAAUCAAUAAUGUGUUGUUUUGUCAUCAAGAGAAUUCAAGUUGGCCAUUGGACGAGUCAAAAAAGUUGAAAGAUAAAUUCGAUGCCAUAUUCGGUAUAACUGAAUUUAAUAAAACAAUCGAACGUAUAAUAAAAAUGCGCAAAGAAGAAGCUGAAAACUUAAAAGUUAAAGAAGCGAACUUAGGCCUACUUGUGCAUUUAAAGCAAGAAAUGGAUGAUAAGUCGCUAACUUUGAAGAAGGCACAAGAGAAGUGUGCAGCUAUAGAGCUAGAGUGCCAACGUUGUGACGAUGAAAUGAAGCCAAUCGAUGCACGCUUAGCGGAGAUACGUAACGUCGAAUAUGAAGUGGGCAAGCAUCAAGCGAAAAAGGUCGAAAUCGAAACCGAACAAAAGAACUGUCAGGAGCAAAUAUUGGCUUUAAGCAGCAAUAUAAAAGUGCCAUAUGAAGGUAGCCGUGAAGAACUAGAGCAAGAAAUUAGUGAUUUUGGUCAAAAAAUGCUUGAAAAACGUCAACAUCGCAAUGUGCUUGACAAAAAGGUGGACACUUUGAGGCAAGAAGAAAAAACGCUACAAAAAAACUUUACUGAUUUGGAUAAAAGACGCAUACUACUGAUGCAACAAAGGCAAAAAGAACAAGAAUGCAUUUCGAAACGUGCCGAACAGUUAAAAACACUUUGUCAACAAUUAGGCAUUACACUGACUGAGGAUUUGGAAUUUCAACCCGAAAGUGUGCCUGGUGUAUUGGAAAAAAUCGAAAACUCAUUGCUGAAUAAAGAGUGCAGUAUAUCGGAGAGUGUGGCGCAAACGGAUAAAGAUGAUAGUGAAAGGCAACGAGAAAUAGAUACGCAGCGCGUGGAACUCACUAAAGUGGAAGAAGGCAUUGUCGCACAUGAAAAACAGAAAACACUCAAUGAAAAGGAAUUGACAACCAUUACCAAAGAGAUUGCGGAAAUAGAGACCUCAGCGCGGCGUAUAAAAAUUUUAUCCGAAAAUAUUGAACGCCUUAUGAAGAUGAUGGAUGAAAUGAAUAGUAAAUGCAAUCAGGAAACCAUGCGCGCUGACAUAGCUGAAAACAAAGCGAGAAUUUUAAAAUUGCAAGAGCAAUUUCGUGAAUUAGAUGAGCGUCUAACCAAAUUGAACAUGAUGUCCAAGUUAACGGCUGAAAUUACGUUGAAACAAAAAGAGUUGGAAAAGAAAGAGCUGGACGUAAAGCGUGUAAAAGGUAAACAUGCAGAAAACUUUAAGAAACUUCUCAGUCGCCCUGUGGAGUUCAAUUACAAGCGCGCAAUGCAAUUGUGCAGCGAAAAACUACGUGAUAAUAUUAAGGAGCUAAAUGGGAAAUCCAAUAAAUUACAAUUGGAGCAGCAGUCAUGUGAGAUAAAACGUAAAAACCUUAAAGCAGAAUUAUUGAAAUUAGAAAAAGAACUGGAAGAGUCAAAAGAGAAGGUUUACGAAGCAUGCCAUGCUGCAACAUACGAGGAUACGCUAGCGAAGAGCAAAGCUGCCAUGGCGAAAUAUCAAUUGGAACAUGGGGCCUUACUAUCUGCCGAGGCCAUGUAUAAAAAAUACAUAGAAAAGGUCACAGAGGAGCCGUGUUGCCCGCUAUGUCAUAAAGAUAUGACUGAUAAUGAGGCUUCCGAUAUUACGAUGGAAUUAUCUGAUGAGAUUAACCGUUUGCCAGAGAAUAUAAAACGCACAGAAAAGCUUUUGAAAGCAGAACAGAAAAAAUAUGAAAAUCUAUUGCAUAUAAAAUCCGUCGUAGAAACUGUGGCUAAACUGGAAGCAGACAUACCGAAGAAGAAGAAAGAACUCACUACCAUAGAAGAGAAAUUAGCGAAAUGUGUAGAAGAACACGAAUCACUACAAAUGCUCCUAGCUGAGCCGACAAGUUCACUAGAGUUGGCUGAUUCAAUGAUGGGCGAUGUUUCACUGCUGGAUGAGGCUAUGAAAGAGGUUACGCGGCUGAAAAAUGACAUUGCUCAAUUGAAUACAAAACUACCUGCUGAUUUUGAAUCCGAUGUCAAUAUAGAAGAGUUGCAAAUGAUUAAAGCGGGUGUGUCUGAAGAACUGGAUACCGAGCGCCAUACGCUAGAGGAGAAACAGGCAAAUUUAGAGAAAAUCGUAAAUGCUUUGAAUAAGAUGCAAGAACAGAAGAACGCUUACCAAGAUGAACGCUUAAAAUUACAAGAAGGCCAACAAUCGUUAGCCCAGCUGCAGGAGCGUCAGACAGAGUUAAAAAAUUUAAUUGAAAGCAAAACUGCCGAAAUAAAACUAUUAAGAACUAAAUUGCCAACACUGAAGCAAAAGCUGAAUUCUUUAGUUGCAGAGAAAAAUCGCCUUUUGGAGGCUUCGCGUAAGCGUGUGGCGAAAAUGCAAACCGAAUUGAAUGCCUAUAAGAAAAUGGAACAUGAAAUAGAGCGUUUGAAUAGCGAAGUUCUUGAAUUUCAAAUGUUAAAUCUUGUUGCUGAAAUCGCAGAAUUGAAGGAAUCUUUAAAGACGUGCAAAGCGCAAAUUGAAAAGAAGUCUGCUGAAAUUUCCAAAACCACAAAUGAACUCGAAACGGUCAAAACGGAAUGCUUGCAGCAAGAAACGCUCGAACGUGAUCUGAAAGAUAACCGUGAAUUGAAGAUAUUGCAAGAUAAAAAGGCGAGCAUAGACGUGCGGGUUCAAGCUAUUACCAAACAAUUGGGAAAAAUGGAUUUCCCUAAGCUAUCAGUGGAGAAGAAUACAUUGAUAAAACAACGUGACAAGGGCACCGAGCGUAGGGGCGAAUUGAUUGGUAAAAUUGGCGAAGUUAAAAGUCAAAUUAAAAAAUUGGAAGGUGAAAUAAAUGAGCCAAAAUAUAAGAAUUCACUUGAAAAUUAUCGCCGCGCCAACUACGAAGUCGGCAUGUCCAAACAAGCGAUUAAGGAAUUGGGUGAGAGUCGCAUCAGUUUGGAGUGGUCGCUUAUGCAAUUUCAUGCUGAAAAAAUGGAACGCAUUAAUAAACUGAUACGUGAGUAUUGGCGUCUAAUUUAUCGUGGCAACGACAUCGACUACAUACAAAUACAAACCGAUGAGGUAGAUCUGAAUGCGAAUGCCGAUCGGCGCCGCAACUACAAUUAUCGUGUGAUGCAAUCGAAGAAUGGCUCCGAGAUUGAGAUGCGCGGCCGUUGUAGUGCCGGUCAACGUGUAUUGGCAUCGUUAAUUAUACGCAUGGCAUUGGCCGAAACGUUUAGCAGCAAUUGCGGUGUAUUGGCGCUGGAUGAGCCGACCACCAAUUUGGAUCGUAAUAAUAUAUUAUCAUUGUGUGAGGCAUUGAAUCGCAUUGUAGACGAACGACGCAUGCAAUCGAAUUUUAUGUUGAUCAUAAUUACGCACGAUGAUGAUUUCAUAUCCACUUUGGGCAAAAUAACGACCUAUCAUCGCGUAUUUCGCAAUGACGAAUGCAAAUCGGUUAUACGAAAAGUGAAGGUGGCAUAAGUUAAGUUACAUUUCUUGCUAUUAAUUCCUGAUAUAGAUUCAUAUAUACUUAUAUUUUAGAAUAAACAUAUUUUUCAAUUAUUAUACAUACUUAGUUGAAACAUAGCUUCGUCGUUGAUAGCUCAAAUUGCCGCUCUUUUAUACUCUCGCAAUAUGUUGCGCUAUUUGUUUGGCAUUUAAGACCUCAACCUACAUAUAUCCAGCAUAAUUAUUUUCGUUCUUCCGUCUGCCUUUACUUCAUAUACAUAUGUCUGUCUAUUUGUGCUAAAUUUUCAUGAAGUUAAGUGUAUAGAUUUAUUUAAGCAUAAUGUGGUUACGUGUCAAAAAUGUGUAAAAUUUGUCCACCCCUUCUCUAUGUAAUCAUACCUCAAUAUAAUGAU